AACGCGCGCGCGGGGCGCACCACGGCGACAGUAUCCAGCCCGCAUCUUCUCCUCAGCAGUUUCAUCUGGACUUCGGGUGAAGAUGCCACGAGGAUUUUUAGUGAAACGGAGUAAACGUUCCUCAUCUGCAUCCUACAAGGUGCGAGCGCAAGAAGAAAAAGAGCCGCGCAAAGAGGACCUGCCUAGCCAAACUUCAAAUGCGAGUGUGUCUGAUGUGCUGGAACCUAUUACAGAAUCAUGGAUAAGUGAUGUGAGCACUAAACAUCUUCUGGAGGACUCUGGAGGGCUUGCUGGAGAGAGCGUCGAUUACGCUCAGAGCUACUUCAGCCACCCGGAGCAGAGCGCGUCAUCUCCGCGCAACAGCACCGACUCCUACAGCCCGAUCAAACCCAUCAGCACGGAGCUUUUGGACAGGUGUCUCAGCUCGCCAGCCAUGGCCGAGUCGUUCCCACUGGCCACCCCGGUGUCUUCAAUCGAGCGUCUGCUAAUGAACCACUCUGACAUGAAGUUUGGCACACCGGUCCCCUCAUCGGUGCCCACCUACCCUGCCUUUCACCAGUGCGUAAAACGCGCGUUCAUGGACUCGGAGCGCAAGAGCAAACCACCCAAAAAGCCUAAAGUCAUCAGAAAGCUUAAUUUCGAAGACGAAGUCACCACCUCACCGGUCCUCGGGCUUAAAAUCAAAAAAGAAAGCCCCGAGUCAAAACUAGUACCGCAAAGCGGUAGAAAAAAACCGCUGGGCGAGUUCAUCUGCCAGCUCUGUAAGGAAGAAUACCCUGAUCCGUUUUCUCUAGCCCAGCACAAAUGCUCCAGAAUCGUCCGGGUUGAGUACCGCUGUCCGGAGUGCGACAAAGUUUUCAGCUGUCCUGCCAACCUCGCGUCCCAUCGGAGAUGGCACAAACCUCGCAACCUGAGCACCGGAGACGCCAAGAAGUCUCCUCUGGAGGCGCGCAACCACGAGAAGUCCUCAGUGGAGGGGAAGGAGAACGCCAGCAAGCUGAGACUGAACAAUCAGCACCAGCUGAGUCCGGACAGCUCUCAACAGCACAGAUCAGCACCGGACAGCAACAUGAUGCACAGGGGAUCCCAAGACCCUCCUCUGGACCAAAGGUUCCCGUCCUCGGAGAAAUGCUUUGAGAUGCGCAUCGGCCCCGCGGACAGCUCGAGGUUGUUCGAUCACUGCCCCGAGGAGCCCGACAGAUCCGGCACCCCCUACCUGCCCUCGCCCGGUCCGGAAGAAGUGUUUGAGUGUCACUACUGCAGCAAGAAGUUCCGCAGGCAAGCCUACCUGAGGAAACACCUGGCCGCGCACGAGACGAUCAAAGCGUCCUCAUACGCGCACAUCGAAAGCGGACAGAUCACUUUCCCGUGUCACCUGUGCGGAGCGCACUUUCCCUCCGCGGAGAUCAGGGACAAGCACCGACUCUGGCACGCGGUCAGAGACGACUUGCUCCUCAGACCCGAUCUGAGCCCCGGAGAACAGCAGAUAUUCUCAUGCAAACACUGUCCCUCCACGUUCUUCAGUUCUCCGGGUCUGACCAGACACAUCAACAAGACUCAUCCCACAGAGAACAGACAGGUGAUGCUCUUACAGAUGGCCGUCAGGCCGGGAUGCUGAUCUCACCAACACUUCAGAUUGCGUCGAACGACUUAAUAUUAAUAAUAACUCAAGUCAAGUGUCUUUAUGUGGGAAUUUCGAACUUGCCGGUUUUCUUUGUCGACAGCAGAAAUAGUUUAUGUAACAUUUGAUAAUCAUGGGUAUCACUUUAUAACUUCCAUUAGUACAUGAAGUUAUCAACAGACAUUAUAUACAGGGUUCCUUCACUUUUGAACACAAAUUUUCCAGUUG